CGGAAAUUAAGCUUUGACAUCGAUUACUCAUUCCCCCUUAACACUUGCUUGCUUUCAUCUUUAUUACCAUCAUCAUUCUCUUUUGUUUUUCUUUAUCAUUUCUUUUUAUUUUCCUAUUUCAAAUUAAAUGUGUAUGUGCAACUGAAUUAAAGAAGCCAUAUAUAAAAAGUACAUGACUUCCAAAUUCCACCUUCUUCUUCUUCUUCUUCUAUCUCCUAUAUAUACCUCAAUCUCUUUCACACACUUCCUCUGGCUCCACAUCAUUCCUCUCUAUAUAAUCUUCUUCUACACACACACACACACGCAACCAUAUACGUACAUGUGAAGUAGUGAGAUCAAUAUCGUUAGCAAUGAAUCUACCACCGGGAUUUAGGUUUUUUCCGACCGAUGAAGAGCUCGUCGUUCACUUCCUCCACCGGAAAGCUUCCCUCUUGCCUUGUCACCCUGAUGUCAUCCCCGACCUUGAUCUUUACCAUUACGAUCCUUGGGACCUUCCCGGGAAAGCUUUGGGAGAAGGGAGGCAAUGGUACUUCUAUAGUAGAAAGACACAAGAGAGAGUGACAAGCAAUGGGUAUUGGGGAUCAAUGGGAAUGGACGAGCCAAUCUACACAAGCUCCACACACAAGAAAGUGGGAAUCAAAAAGUAUCUAACUUUCUAUCUCGGAGAUUCUCAGACUAAUUGGAUCAUGCAAGAAUAUUCCCUCCCGGAUUCCUCUUCUUCAUCUAGUCGAUCUUCUAAGAGAUCAAGCCGUGCUUCUAGUUCUAGUCACAAACCCGUGAGUACUCUCUUUUGUUUCAUAAGCCUAAAGUUGUCAGCUUUAACUUAAAUUGUACAUUUUCUUUUAACCUAAAAUUAGUAGUUGACAAAAAUAAAAUAAAAAUUUAGAAGUUGACCUCCACGUGGCAUGGAUUUUUGUGUGCAGGAUUAUAGCAAGUGGGUGAUAUGCAGAGUGUAUGAGCAAAAUUGCAGUGAGGAGGAAGACGAUGAUGGGACAGAACUCUCAUGUUUGGAUGAAGUGUUUUUGUCUUUAGAUGAUCUUGACGAAGUAAGCUUACCGUAAUAAAGACAGAAGCACCCAAGAAGAGAAAAAAAAAAAAAGGGUUUAGUGGGCAAUUAUUUCUAAAAUCUUUGUACCCAAAGAAAAAGAAGGAAAUGGAGAAUGAGAAUGACAUCAUUCUUACACGUUAAUGUUGUAAGAUUAGCAAUCCCAAAUUUGCAAGCAAGAAGCAAAAACAGAAGAAGCUCUAGUCUUGUUGUAUUUUAUUUUUCACAAUUCAAAUAUAUCUUUUUAUUAAUACUGAAUUAAUUAUGUUAGUUAUUUAUAUAUGUGUGCAUAUUAUAUGGGAGAAGUUAGCAAAUUGUAUUGUGAACAAAUUGUCGCAAAUAUUAUUA